AUGUUACUCAUAGUCAGUCUUCUUCUGGGCCUCGCUGGCCUUUAUAUUAUCCGACGGACUCUGGGGGGAGGGAAGACUCUGAAAAGGCUCCCCCCGGGGCCUACACCAAAGCCUUUUAUCGGCAACCUGUUGGAUCUGCCGUCACCCGGCACGCUCGACUGGCUGCACUGGCUCAAGCAUAAGGAACUCUAUGGGCCGAUCAGCUCGGUAACGAUCUUUGGACAAACAAUCAUCAUCUUGAACGACCGCCAGACCGUGACAGAUCUCAUGGAAAAGCGCUCGGGCUUGCAUUCCUCCAGGCCUCAGCUGCCCAUUGCAGAAAUAACAGAUUGGGAGGAUACACUUGGGUUGCUGCCGUACAACAAUCGGUUCCGCGCGUAUCGGAAGGCGUUGCAUCAAGAGAUGGGCACUCCUGCUUCAAUUUCCAAAUACCACAAGAUUAUCGAUAUGGAAACACACCGUCUCCUCUUUCGUACACUUGAAAACCCGGAUGAUCUGAUUCAGCACAUCAGGAAGGAAGCUGGUUCCAUCAUUCUGAGAGUCGGAUACGGUUAUGUCACUGAACCACACGCGCGUGACCCUCUGGUUGACUUGGUCGACAAGGGGAUGGAGGACUUUUCGCAACUGGUCCUUCCGGGCGCUUGGUUGGUCGACUUCAUUCCCAUGUUGAAAUACCUACCAAGCUGGUUUCCAGGUAGCGGCUGGCAAGAGACGGCCAAGGCAUACAAGAAAAGGGUGACGGCAAUGAGGGACGUGCCCUAUGCGUUUGUUCGCCGACAGCUUGAGCAGCAGAAGCAGGUGCCAUCGUACGUAUCGACUCUUCUGGAGCACGGCCAUGUCGAACCAGGCUCGGAGGAGGAGAUCGUGGCCAAGUGGUCUGCGCAAUCGCUCUAUGGUGGAGGAGCCGAAACAAGUGUCUCCUCGUUGGCAUGUUUUUUCCAGGCUAUGGUACUGAAUCCGGAUGUGCAGAAGAGAGCUCAGGAGGAAAUCGACCGUGUGGUAGGAACCAGUCGUCUACCCGACAUGUCUGACCGUGACCAUCUGCCAUAUAUAAAUGCUGUGGUGAAGGAGGUCCUCCGAUGGCACCCAGUGACUCCACUGGGAGUUUCACAUGCGUCAAGCGAGGACGAUAUAUACAAGGGCUACCUCAUUCCUAAAGGGGCGAUCCUGGUUCCCAACAUCUGGGCCAUUGCUCACGAUCCAGACCUAUAUCACGAUGCUAUCGAGUUUAAGCCGGAGCGCUUUCUGGGAGUCAAUGGAAGAACACCGGAAUAUGAUCCACAUUUACUCUCAUUUGGAUUUGGGCGUCGGAUUUGCCCCGGUCAGCACCUGGCUGCUGCCAAUCUUUACCUUGCCGUGGCCCGGUCCUUGGCUGUGUUCAACAUUACGCAUGUGGUCAGAAAUGGAAAAGAGGUCCCCGUUACCCCCGAGUUUACCACAGGAGUUAUCAGUCACCCAGCUCCAUUCGAGUUGAGCAUUCGCGUCCGUAGCCCGGAACACGAGAGCCUUAUUCGGGCGGUUGAGAGGAGUUACCCAUGGGAAAAAAGCCACGCGGAGGAACUUGUGCAGUUGAUAAUCUGA